AUGUAAAUUGGAAAAUUUUAAUUAAAUCAUUUGGUUGAAAAAAAUAAUGAAUGUAUAUUUAAGAGAGGCAGCUGAUAAGAGAACAAAUUCAUCACAAUACAAUUGAAUCGUGUGAUGAAUUAAAAUAUAUUGUAGUAACCAUUACUGAAGGUUGAUUUGUAACACAAAAAUUUCUAAGAAGAACUUAAUAUGUUAUUUAAGAACUCUAGAAAGCCAACACUAAUACCUAAAGAUUUCCAUUCAAGAUACCUGAAUCUGAGGGAUUCGAUUCAGAGUUAAUUGAAUUUCCAUCAAUAAUUGAAAUAAAUCAGACAUACACAACUAAUAUUUUAUAAUAGAACAUAUUUGCAGAUUUAUACACUUUAUAAUUAUUACUAUUAAGAAUACUAAGAAAGAAGAAUAAAAGAUAGAGAUUUCGCAUUAAUUAGAAUUUUCAGAAGCGAACAUAAAUUGACAUUAAUAGACUUUGGCUUUACAUAUUUAUAAAAAUAAUUACCUAAAAAACCUUGGUAAGUCAAAUUAGGUGAACUCUUCAGUCGUUUAUCACAAUCAGAAGCUAAAUAAAUGGACAGAAUGUGAUUAAUACUUUGUUGGCUGGUAAAAUAAAAUGGGAAGAAGUCAGAGAUUUUAUUUCCAUAUAUUUUGAUUUGAAUGAAAUAGAUUAAUCCUGGUUAGAAAAUUAUAGUGACAGAAAUAGUAAAAUAACAAGAUCAAAUUCAAUUUAUGCAAAAUAGUAAACAUAGACAUUAAGUAUGAUUCCAUAAGAAAUUAUUACUUUGAAUUAAAAUUCCGUUAGAAAAGCAUCUCUUUAUGAAAAUAGUCAUAAAUAAAAUUCUAGAAAUUCUACUUUAAUGUAAACUAGAAUUAUAUCUUUUGGCAAUUAAUAAAUAGAGCAUUUCUAAAAAUUAGAUAAUCUUUAAGUCCUGGAUUUAGUACAACAAAUAGAUAUUGUAGAUUGUUUUAAAUUGAUUAGAUUUGUAUCAAGAAAAGCUUAGUACUUGAGCAAUUAUGAAAAAUAAAGGAUUACUAAACCUCUAGAAAAUUAGUUUGAAUAAAAAAACGAAUCCAGUCCUAGAAAAGAUUCUUAAAAUUAAUUAAAAUAGUAUAAUAAUUGAUAGGAGAUCGAUAUUAACCAAUGAAAGAAUAAUAGAAAUAAAUAUAAAGAAAAUUAACAUCAAUAACAACAAAUUAAUCCUAAUACGAAUAAUCUUCUUAUGCGCCAACCUUAAUUUAAAGAGGUCAAUCUUUAAAUGAAUAAUAAGAUUAUUAAGUAAAUUAAAAAAAUCAAGAUUUACGACUUAAAUCAAGUAAAAUUCAAGAUUAAAAAUAAGAAUAUAAAAGUCUUCGUAGAGCCUCUACCAGAGAAUUAUAAUAACCUAAAUAAAUUCAAAAGAAAUCAAUAUGAGAAUAGUCAGCCAAUAGAACCAUAAAUUACUCUGAUACUUAAUCUUUGUUUGAUAAUUUGGGGGUUGAGUAAAUUAGAAAACCUUAAUCAAGAAGAAAUUUCUCCAGAAAAAAUAGCAAUAAUAGCAUUGAAAAUAUAGAGGUAAGAAAAGGUGGUGAAUUUAUUCAAUAUAGAUUAAAUAAUAAUAAUAAUUUACAAAAUAAUCGGUAUUUAUUUAAAACACCAAGGGAUUCAAGGUAAAUGCAAUAUUCUUUCUAAAAUUCACCAAUUGAGAAUCCAUAUUAAAAAAAAUAAAAUCCAACAAUUAUUUAAUAUCAAAUAGAAUUGACAGAUAAAAAUGAAAUUCCUUCAUUUUGUUAAGAUAAAUAAUCAAUGAAAAAUCACAAAGACGUCUCACAAUAAUAAUGGAAAACUAUAAAUGAAGAUUAAAUAAUUAAUUAAGAUUAACGAGCCGUUGUUGAAUCUGUUGAUGAAUAUUAUAAAUAAACGAGAAUAAAUAAAUAAAAUUUAUUCAGAUUGCCUCUAACUUCAAAAACUGAUAAAAUAGCAAAAGAGUAAGGUAAAAUUGAAUUGUAGCAAAAUAAUUAUUUAAAAGAUAACUAUCAAAAACAAUUUAAAGAUAAUAAUUCAAAAGAGAGUGAAAUGCAAAUAUAUUAUAAAAAAUUGAAGAUACUCCGAAAUCAACAAAAGAGUCGAUCUAUAAGUAGUUCAUCAAAACAUUAAAGAAAUAAAGGUAAAAUUAAAUGAA